AUUGAAUCAUUACAGGCGGCAAAAUUCGGCAUCGGUCUUAAAUCCGAAACCCUCUUCCCGGGUCUUAUGACAUUCUGUUUGACCGUAAAUCCUCGGAAAUGUUAUAAUCGGGAGGAUAUUGUAAUCAUUGGAAAGUGGUAAGGGCUCUCCUUGGCGAGUGGGGCUUUGCGGCUCGUCUUAAACCAUUGCCAUUGUCGUGAAAUCUUCGAUAUGAUCAUCAUCAUCCUAGAGAUCCUGUUGGUCGGGCUUCAUUUGGUCAAAUGCCAAGAAGGCGACGGCUUCACCGACGAAAACCGGCCUUACAAAUUCGGCUUCAACAUCGAAGGCUAUCAGCACAGAUACGAAGAAAAAAAUGAAAAAGGCAUUAUAAUGGGCGAAUACGGGUUCAUAACUGCAGACGGCGUUUAUCAUCUGACCGUCUACGCGACAGACGAAAACGGCAACUUCAAGAUCAUCAAAAUGAAAAACAUCAAAAUCGGAUUGCCCACGGAGAAACCGAUGACUUCGAUUCCAGGUGUGGCAGGCGGAAAACCCCAUAGUGUCAAUCAAAUAAAGAACCAGCCUGAACAAAUAAAACUCGACGGAAAACCGGGUUGCGGAGGAUGCCUGCUUCCAACUCCGAAACCUCCAGAGAAAGAAUCGUCUAAAGUCGAGCCACUCCGCGGAUCUGCAGGAGACCAAGUCGGCCCUGCCGCUUACGCCGGUAAACCUCUACUUCCAGAAAAAUAUCCCGUCGUCGACUCUUUAAAUCCGAGAACGGAAAAUCCAGGGGAAAAGUACAAAAACCAGAACGAACAGUUUAUUACUUCAAACCCUGCAAGUCCUGGAUUUCAUAAGUCGAUGAAGACAGGAAUUCCAGGCAAGAAUUCACCUUCUGUCGACCACUUUAACCCAAGAUUAGAAAAACCUGGGGAAAAAGAUAAAAAUAGAGAUAAAUUCGAUUCAAACCUAGGCUCACAGGAAGGCGAAAAGGUACCAGAAAGCGUCCAAGACUUGAUGAAACUUUUCUACAAGUUCAACUACACUCUGACAUACCACGGCCACGACGAAGUCGGCAACCGGGCCGGCGAAAAGAACGGUUCUUACUUCUUCAACGGAAGAGACGGCUACAAGAGGAAGGUGAAUUACACAGCAAACGAAUUCGGCUACCAGCCCAACAUAACGUUGGUUAGGGUCGGCCAGGACGAGACUCCUGAGGAAGGAAGUGAGAAAGAGCUGAAUAAACUUUUGGGAAACGAAUUCGUAUGGUAUUACCAAUAAAGUGAAAACAAUUAAACCACCA